AACGCGAUAACAGCAGCAUGGCAUGUCAGUGGGUCGCUUCGGUAAAGUUUUGCGGCCGUAACGCAACAACUCCGAGCUUUUUUUCAUAACCUCGACAUUUUUCAAAAAUAAAAAACAAUUUUGAUGACUAGUUGCGAUUGUUACGAUUGUUGAACCGGCAAUAAUACACCAACGUGUCGUUGUUUGUUCGACUAAAGUCAAUUUACAUGUUGUCGUGAGUUUAUAACUGCCUUCAAUAAUCUGUAAAAUAAUGAAAGCAGACGAUGGCGAAAAAGUCCAACCAAAUUCACCGAGUGAAUCUCAAUCGUCCUCUGCGACUCCUUGGGAAUUCGAAGAUUUAUAUCCUCAGAGGAGAGGAGCUCCGAAAAAAAUCAACUGGUGGAGAGCCAUGUGGGGUCUCGAGGGUAAAGAAGAGAUUGAAAAGAUGAAAUGUGAAAGGCAUGCCUAUUGGGCUAUGAGAAAUCAUCCUCUUGUAAAGGUCUUGAUAGGAGCAUUGAAUUCAGCAGGAUGUGAGUUUGACAUGACCAGACACAUAUCUUGUGAAACGUGUGAUAACAGAAUAGCUGGUGGCUUUGAUCCAGAAUUUAACCAGGUUGUUAUUUGUCAAAAUGUGGCAAGGAGAAGAAAAACUGUGCAAGGAACACUCAUUCAUGAAUUGAUUCACAUGUUUGAUUAUUGCGUAAAUGAUUUGGAUUUCAAAAAUAUUCGCCACUUAGCGUGUACAGAAAUCCGUGCUGCAAAUUUGGCUCAUUGUAGUAUAAUGAGUGCUUGGGUUUCUGGUACAGCCAAACCUUGGCAUUUCAAGGGCAAGCACGCUGAUUGCGUUAAACAAAAAGCAUUGACUUCAGUUAUGUCUGUGAAAAAAAUAUCCAAAGAAGAAGCGAUGAAGGUGAUUGAUGAAGUAUUUCCUCAAUGUUAUGCUGAUUUAGAACCCAUUGGAAGACAGUGCAGGAGAAAUUCAGUAGAACCAUUUUUGGUGUGGGAAGAAGCACCUAUGUACGGAUACGAUUAUCAUCUGUAGAAAUGAAUAAUGUAGAAAAAAAAACUUAAUACUACAUAAAGUUUGACAAUGAAUGAAACGAAAGACCUAAGUCGUGUUUCAAAAUGUGCAAAAAUUCGCGAACCCGCAAACAGAUUAUAAGUGAAGC